AUGGCGGAAGGAGGAGCGGCCGAUCUGGAAACCCAGAGAGGAGAGGUCGCGGCACUGAUGAAAACGCCGUUAAAAAAGGGCGACACUUGGUAUUUGGUAGACAGUCACUGGUUCAAACAGUGGAAGAAAUAUGUGGGAUUUGACAGUUGGGACAAAUAUCAAAUGGGUGACCAAAAUGUCUACCCUGGACCGGUUGACAAUUCGGGACUUCUCCGAGAUAGGGACGUUUUGGUCAUUAAGGAACACCUUAUCGACGAGCUCGACUACAUCCUGGUCCCCACGGACGGCUGGAAUAAGAUGGUCAGCUGGUACGGGCUGACAGACGGUCAAGAGCCAAUCGCGCGCAAGGUUGUCGAGCAAGGCAUGUUUGUGAAGCACUACAAGGUGGAGGUGUACCUGACAGAGCUGAAGCUAUGCGAGGAUAGCAAUAUGGACAAUGUGGUCACCAGGCGCUUUAGCAAAGCUGACACAAUAGACUUAAUAGAGAAAGAAAUGAGAAAACUCUUCAGCAUCCCGGAUGAGAAGGAAACCAGGCUUUGGAACCGGUACAUGAGCAACACCUUCGAACCUCUCAACAAGCCCGACAGCACCAUCCAAGACGCCGGCCUCUACCAAGGACAGGUUCUCGUAAUAGAGCAGAAGAACGAAGACGGCUCGUGGCCCCGGGGCUCAGACGCACUCAAGUCAUCCGGUGCUUCCAAUCUCUCUGCUUUGCCAAAGAUCUCGCCUUCAUCUCUCACAAACAAUCAUAACAGCAGCUUCAACAGCAGGAAUGUGAAGAAUUCAACCUUCAGCCUCCCGUCCUACCACACUUACAGUAACAGCUACGACUACUCGGAACUGAGUCGACAGAGUGAACACGCGGGCCUGUGCGGUCUGUCCAACCUUGGCAACACAUGCUUCAUGAACUCUGCUGUGCAGUGUUUAAGUAAUAUCCCUCCCCUGACGGACUACUUCCUGAAAGACAAGUACACGAGCGAGCUGAACGUGGACAACCCUCUGGGAAUGAAGGGGGAGAUUGCAAGAGCCUACGCCGAGCUAAUUAAGCAGCUGUGGUCUUGUAAAUACAGCCACGUUACGCCAAGGCCUUUCAAGACCCAAGUGGGCCGUUUUGCCCCUCAAUUCUCAGGCUACCAGCAGCAAGACUCUCACGAGCUGCUAGCGUUUCUCCUAGACGGUCUUCACGAGGACUUGAACCGGAUCAGGAAGAAGCCGUACAUACAGCUAAAGGAUGCUAACGGCCGACCUGAUAAGGUGGUUGCCGAAGAGGCUUGGGAAAGCCACAUCAAAAGGAACGACUCGAUAAUCGUGGACAUCUUUCAUGGCCUUUUUAAGUCCACCUUGGUGUGCCCUUUUUGCUCCAAGGUCUCUGUGACUUUCGAUCCUUUCUGCUACUUGACGCUGCCUUUGCCAAUGAAAAAGGAACGCACCCUGGAGGUUUAUCUAGUCAGAUUAGAUCCUCUCGCCAAACCCACGCAGUACAAACUGACAGUGCCAAAGGUGGGCUGCAUCUCAGACCUGUGUACCUCCCUCUCCAGUCUGUCUGGAGUGCCCGCUGAAAAGAUGAUCGUAACAGACAUCUACAGCCACCGUUUCCACCGGAUCUUCGCUACCAACGAAAACCUUAGCAGCAUCAUGGAGAGAGACGAUAUUUACGUGUUUGAGGUUGCAGUAAACCGGGUGGAAGACACGGACCACGUUGUUAUUCCUGUGCACCUGAGGGAAAAAUACAAACAGUCGGGAUUCAAUCAAACCAGCACGCCACUGUUCGGACAGCCUUUCCUCAUUGCUGUACCGAGGACCCUUAAUGAGGACAAACUCUACAACAUGCUGUUACUGCGCCUGUGCCGGUUUGUGAGAUCUUCUGUCGCGGAAGAUGAAGACGACUGCGAAGAGACUCAGUCAAGCAAACAACACGCUGUUAAUGGGAACGCAACCAAUGGCGUGUCAGAAGAAGGGUCGCCAAGUAAGUCAUUCAAACAUCCCGGAGGAUAGACCGUUUUAGGGCCGGGAAAGUCACUGCAGAUAUUUUUUUUUCAUACUUCAGGUGAGAUGGAGACUGACGAACAGGACGACGAGUCCAGUCAAGAUCAAGAGCUGCCGUCCGAAAACGACAACAGCCAAUCGGAGGACUCUGUUGGCGGGGACAACGAGCUGGAGAACGGCGUGGUUGCACCUCAGAACUCCACCAAAGGCCUGCAUGCUGGCGGGCACAGCAAAAAGAGACUUUUCACAUUCCAGCUCAAUAACAUGGGUAAAUCAGACUUCUCCCUCAUCAAAGAAGACACCAGGCAGAUCCGGUUUGAUGAGGGACAUUUACGGCUCAACGAUCGCUCUUUUCUCUCUUUGGAUUGGGAGCCCGAGAUGAAAAAGAAGUAUUUUGACGAGACGGUCGUCGAGGACUUCGACAAGCACGAAAGCAUGGAGUACAAACCUCAGAAGAAGGCUUACUUCAAAUUAAAAGACUGCAUUGAACUUUUUACCACUAAGGAGAAACUGGGAGCUGAGGACCCUUGGUACUGUCCGAGUUGUAAGAUGCACCAGCAAGCCACAAAAAAGCUAGACUUGUGGUCUCUGCCUCCAGUGCUCGUGGUUCAUCUAAAAAGAUUCUCCUACAGUCGCUAUAUGAGAGAUAAACUAGACUCCCUUGUUGACUUCCCACUCAGUGAUUUAGAUAUGUCAGAGUUUCUGAUCAACCCCAACAGCGGACCGUGUCGCUACGACCUCAUCGCCGUGUCGAACCACUACGGCGGAAUGGGCGGAGGCCACUAUACCGCUUACGCCAAAAACACAGAUGAUGGAAAGUGGUACAAUUUUGACGACGGCAACGUGUCGCCUGCCAGCGAGGAUCAAAUAGUGUCCAAAGCAGGCUACGUGCUCUUCUACCAGCGUCAGGACACCGUCAAAGGCACUGGCUACUUUGCGCUCGACCGCGAGAAAGAGGACGACAAGGAAGAAGAAGAGGACGAAGAUGAGGAGGAGGAAGACGACGAGGAAAACGAAGGGAGACGGAGCGCAUCCUCGAUCCGGUGCGCCGAGGACGUGAACGAGAACGAGUGCGCCAAGAACGACGACGAGUCGGAAGCGGAGGAAGACGAAGCGCCCGGUCGAGACGUCGCCAUGAGCGCCAAUUGA